AUGUCGGCUAUUACUUGCACACUUCCUGGUUGCAAUCAGAUCGGAUCUCAUAGACACGAGGAACACACUAAUGAACCUGCUAUCCUCAACAGCAUCCUUGAACACAUCGGAAACACUCCCUUGGUCCGUAUCAACAAGAUUGCAAAGACUGAGGGUCUUCAAUGCGAGCUUUUGGCCAAAUGCGAGUUCUUCAAUGCUGGAGGCUCUGUCAAGGAUCGUAUUGGAAAGCGUAUGGUCGAAGAGGCUGAGAAGGACGGUCGCUUGAAACCUGGAUACACCAUCAUUGAACCCACCUCAGGAAAUACUGGCAUUGGUCUUGCUCUCGCCGCUGCUGUAAAAGGAUACCGUACCAUUAUCACCUUGCCCGAAAAGAUGUCUCAAGAAAAAGUGGAUGUGCUCAAGGCUCUUGGUGCUGAAAUUGUCCGCACACCCACAGAGGCUGCCUGGGAUGCCCCUGAAUCUCACAUUGGAGUUGCAAAGCGACUCAAUGCCGAGAUCCCCAACUCGGUCAUCUUGGAUCAGUAUGCUAACCCCUACAACCCUGUCGCCCAUUAUGACCACACUGCCGAGGAGAUUUACAGAGCCUGCGAUGGAAAGAUUGACAUGUUAGUCGCCGGUGCCGGAACUGGAGGAACCAUCACAGGAAUUGCUAGAAAGCUUAAGGCUCUCUGCCCCAAUAUCAUUAUUGUUGGAGUGGAUCCUCAUGGUUCUAUUUUGGCUCAACCAGAAUCACUCAACACAUCGACAGAGGGUUACAAGGUCGAGGGUAUUGGUUACGAUUUCGUCCCAGAAGCGUUAGACCGCAGCUUGGUUGAUCGAUGGAUCAAGUCGGCAGACAAGGAAUCCUUCACCAUGGCUCGUCGUUUGAUUCGUGAGGAAGGUAUUCUCUGUGGAGGCUCCUCAGGUACUGCAGUUGUCGGUGCUAUCAAGGCCGCCAAGGAAUUGGGACCUGGCAAGCGCUGUGUUGUCAUCCUGCCCGACUCUGUUCGUAACUACAUGACAAAGUUCUUGAACGAUGAUUGGAUGCAGACCAACGGCUUCACAGAUCAGACCAUGGUCUCCGAAAAAGAAUCCAAACAUCUGCAGUGGGGUGGUGCCACCGUUGGAAGCCUUCAUCUCAAGGCCGCUGUCACAGUCACGGACACCUCUCGUUGUCGUGAGGCCAUUGUGUUGAUGGAAAGCAAUGGAUUUGAUCAGCUUCCUGUCGUCUCCGCCAAGAACGGUCGUCUCGUUGGCUUGGUCACCCUUGGCAAUUUGCUCUCCAGAAUCGCUGCGGGCCGUGUCCAGAUCGAUGGUCAAGUUCAAGAUGUCAUGUUCAAGUUCCAAAAGUCUGGAGCCCACUUCACUGAAAUUACAGACGACACUCCUCUUGAGGACUUGACGAGCUUCUUUGAGAAGAACUCUGCUGGUAUUGUCACCGAGCGUGGAGGUUCCAAAGUCAAAGCCGUCGUUACCAAGGUUGAUCUGGUUUCCUUCUUGGUCAAAAAGACUGCUUCCGCCUAA